AUGGGAAUUAUAAAGGGGAAGAAGAAAGGAAAGGAACAAGAAGUCGGAAACAUCGUUGUCCCAUACUCUGAGGUCCAGAAGUGUGACGCAAUAUCAAAGGAUUCCCCCCAUGGAGAAGUGUAUAUCAGUCUCUUUAAAAAGACCAAAACAGUGGUGAAAAUUUUGAAUAAGACGGACCAGUCCAAAUUCAAGGAAGACACAGAUACACUGAAGAAGAUUUUCCACCCAAAUAUCAUCUUGAUAAUGGGCGUUUGUGUUGAAAAGAGUGUCACGGCUGUUAUUAUGGAGUCGAUGAAGUGCAAUAUGUACUCUGUUAUCUAUGAACCAACCCGUUGCCCAAAAGCUCUCCAAAACUUGACUCAACUGUCCAAGUUCAAAAUUCUUCGCGAGAUAGCUGUCGGCUUAGCUUUCGUUCAGACGGUUGCUCAUGUAUUCCACGGAGACUUGAAGCUCAACAACAUUCUCUUUGAUGACUCUGGAAAGGUCAAGAUCUCUGAUUUGUAUUACACGGCGUACAGAACACCAACCAAAAAAGACAAGGAGAGUUACUAUGUCUGUGGGAAGACGGGUAACUUGUAUCAAGCUCCUGAAGUGUGGUCUGGGAGUGCACCCACACAAGAGUCUGAUAUUUAUUCCUUUGCAUUGAUCAUCAUCGAAUUCUUGGAAGGGAAGGCCACCUUCUAUGGAGAUCAGAACAUCGCCAACGACGCUGUUAUAGCUAAGUUCUUGGAGCUCAAAAGUCAGAUCAAAAUACCCGACGAGUUCUCUCCGUCUCUGAAAGAAAUUUUAAAAGGUGCUUUGAAGUAUAAUCCAAAGGAGAGACCAACCAUCGACGCCGUCUUGAAACAAUUUGAUGAGAUAGUAGUCGACUCGACAAUGAAAUCUAAAGACGCCAUUGCAUUCUGGAGGAAGAAUUACACGGAUGGGGAGGUUCCUAUGUACGAAAUACCAUACGAAGAUAUGUUGGAGGCGAUCCCUACCUUCCCACAAAGUUCAACAGAAGCCGAGGCUAUUGCGGAGGAAAUUGCUAAAUACUUCCCCGCGGAAGGAACAGUCUCCGCUGUCGACUUUGACACGGUUGUGAACUGGUUUGGGCCGUUCUUCGGGGAACAAGCCAUCUUCGAUGAGAUGUUAAAGAUAGCGCAGGCUCAAUACUUCGCGGGGUUGAUCGAUAAGAAAGUCGCGGAAGGAAGACUCUCGGGAAAGGUCGAUGGGACUUAUUUGGUCAGGAUGUCGACGACCGACCCUAUUAAGUCACCAUUCACUAUCACACGUAACGCUAAUGGAAGCUCAAAGCAUCACCGAAUAGAAAGAAAGUCAUAUAAAAUGAGUGAUGAAAUCAGAUACUCCUCAACUAUCGAUAAAAAGACAUACAGCUCAAAGACACUUCCAGGCUUGUUGGAAGCGCUAAAGCAGUCGCACAUUAUUACAGUCGAGGAUGAUGGGCAGGAAACAGGAAACUAUGGAACUGCGUAA